AUUGUUUGAAAUUUUCAAUAGGUAUGUAAAAUAUUUCUGAAAAUAUAAAAGUUUUUUCGUUCUCUUGGAAAUUACUAGAAUUGGGGUAAAAAACUGUCAAGAACUACUAGAACUUGCUGAAAUAACUGUCAAAAACUACUAGAAUUUGAAAGAAAUAGGAUAAUCUUGUUGAAAUUGUUAAACCAAAACUACUUAAAUGAAAGAAAAAUGUUUUUCUUUGCUGAAAAAUUGAUUAAGAAUUGCUAGAAUAAAAGAGAAAGUUACUAGAAUUGUAUGAAAAGUAGUUAAAAGCGAUUGAAAUGAUUGAAUUCUCAGCUAAUUUAAAUUAUUGAAAUAUUACGGUGUUCUUUUUUUUUGCUUAAUAAGAUAAUUAGUGAAAGUCUUAAAGUAAGAAAGACUUUAGUAAUAAAAGAAUUCUUUUUAAAGGAUUCUUUUCACUGAAUUUGUAUGAAUAAAGAACUACUGGAAAGUUUAGCAAAGACACAGAUAAAUCUUGAUCAGUGUCUUUAUCGAUUGAAAGCUUGAUUUAUUAAUUGCAAGCAUUUUCUAUUGAAUUUUAAGACCAACAUUUGAUUAAUUUUUGGUAAAAGCUUAAAAAUCUUGGACAAUUCUAGAUGAUUUCUUGAAGAAAUCUUGUUAAAAAAAUCUAUAUCAUUGUUUUAGAAUUCUUGAAAAAAUGUUGAAGAGUUCUUGUACAAUCCUUAAGCAAUUAUUUCCUCUAAUCUCUCUCGCUCUCUUGAGAAUAAUCUCUGAGCAAAUUUGAACAAAUUUAAAAGAAUUGAAGAAUGAUUAAUAAAUGAAAUGAAUGAAUUCUUGAAAAAGUUUUCAACAAAUCUUAAAGAACUCUUAAAGAAUUACUCAAAUAAAUCUGAAAUAAUUUUUAAUCAAAUAAAAAUAUAAAAAAUCAACACAUACAAACCACCUUGAAUUGAAUACUAAAAUCUGCAAGAUUUCUUGAUUUUUUGAAAAAUAUUGGGCCUUAUUUAGCGAUCAAGAAACCUUUUAAAUUCGCUUGAAAUCUUGAAAUUUCAGUACAAAAUUCAAUGAUUUCAAGGGUUUCUUGGUCGCUGAAUUAGGCUCAUUACCUAUUCUUUGUUAUUUAUUUUUUAAACUUUUUAAAACAUUAUUUUAAAGGAUUUCUUCAAAUUGAAAAAAAUACAUUAGAGCCUUCUAAAAAUCUUUAAAAAUUCUUAAUCAAUUCUUAAUCAGUUCUUGACCAAUUUGGUUUAAAAAUAACAGAGUAAACAUAACGUACCUAUGUUGUUGUCCUGUUUAGAAGGAAGCACGUGUUUAGUACACACUGAACGGAUUUUCCUUUGAUUAUUUUGACAAAUAAUGCUUCAAAUGGGAAACGUACAGAAAUGUCGCUUCGUUUCUUUAGAACAUUUCUCACCACCCACCAUCCCCUUUUAUGCUUUUCUAUGUUCUUCUUCAACACCAUUCGUUACUCUCUCUCUCUCCCUCUCUCGCGCGCGAAGUCUCUCUCAACAACCCCCAUUUUAACCCAAAUGCACGUCCAUUUGGCCACGCAUGCGCUCAAGAGGUGCAAAAAAGGAAAAGAAGAAAAGAGAAAACUCACCCCGCAAGUGAAUUUUUGCCCAAAAGUGUGUAUGUGCAAUUUUUGCAUUAAAUUUUUUGAGUUUUGAAGAAAGGAAAGAACAAAAAAAACUAAUAAACUAUCUAAUAUCUUUGUGUAGAAAAAUUUCUUUUUAAUUAACAACUAAAACAAAAAAACAAACUUGCUAAGAAGAAAGGAAUUUGUGUGUUUUGUGAAGAUUAAUUUUUUUUUCGUGGAUAAAAGAUUAAAAACUAAUACCAUUUAUAUAUUAUAAGAAAAAUAAAAGAAGAAUCUCAGCAAAGAUUAGGAAAGGAAGAAAUAAAGAAUUUAUAGAAAAAAAGGGAAGAAGCUCCGAGAGACGAAGAGAAAGGAAAGGAAAGCGGAGCCUCUUGCAAACCACCAAAUCGAUUUGGUUGCUGGAGAAGAGUGUCUGCUGCUGCUGCUGUGUGAAAGUACAUAGAAGAGAACGAAAGAGAGAGGGAGAGAGAGAGAGGAAGGGUGGAGGAAAGGAGAAAGAGAAUGACAAGUGGUCAUUGGGGGUUCGUCAUUUAAACGCGGGGUUCUUCUCCUCCUUCUUGUGUUGUGUGUGGUAGUUGAGCCACCUUUUUUUCCGUAACGGGGGGAAAAGGCGCGUGGGGGCGCUGCCAUGGUGUCACGUUUCGUUAAUAAUUAUUCUUUGGGCAUUGGGGCCGGUGGUGGGGGGCAGUCUAGUCACCAUCAUACACCCCAAAUGCCCACGGCAACGAUGGCACUCUCCCUGGGGCCAUCAGAUUCCAAGGCGUCCCACAAGUCGCACGACUUUCACAUCAUCAAUUCCCAGGCCGUGUCACCCUCUGCUGGGCACUUCCGCAUCGUGCAUCCAAGGGCGGAUGGGUUCCAUGCGCCACCAACUUCGGCAGCAUUCACUGGACAGACGGUGCCUGGACAACAACAGGCUCAGCAGUCAGCGCCAAAUACAAUUAGAGCCAUGAAUCAGGCAACACCGACGCUGCCACAGCAGCAAUCGUCUCAGCAAUCGGAACUGCAGAAGAUGCAGCCGCAGCAGACUCUGCAACCACUGUCUUAUGGACAGCAACAGCGACAGGGCGCUCAGCCGCCGGCCAUUUAUUCGCGCAACAAUGGCUCCAAUCCCGCCACAAAUCGAACGAGGGCCCCCAUGAUGUCCUCCCCGAUGUAUGCAUCGCCCCACAUACCACAGCACCUCGUAAUGGCGCAAUAUCCCACAAUUCCGACCGCCUUCAAUUCCCAACAGCGUCAGACACAGAAUCAAAUUUACCAGCAGCACAAUCAGGUGCAGUUCAAUCAGGCGACCCACAUACAGCCGCCUGGUUUCACGUACUACCCCAAUAUAUUUUCGAAUCCCCCAUAUAUGCAGCAGCGCCCCAAUGCAACGGCACCCAUUGGCAUAACGCAGGGUACGCCGACACUUGCACCGGCCUCCUCGCAACCGGGUAUGACGCUCCCACCGACUGUGCUGCCGCCGUCCGCAAUGGCGGCUGCAGCUGCUGUGGGGCCGCCAAGUAGUACGCCCAAGACGACGACGGCCAACCGGCGGCAGCAUGCCCUGCAGAUUAUCGAUCCGAACUCCGGGAUGGAUAUUCUGGAUGAAUUUCUGCAUACAAAGAGUUCAUCGCGAACACAGAGUCCGGCCGCGGCGGUACAACCACCGGCAGAGGCGCCGCCCGAAGCUGUUGUUGUUGCUCCAGCACCGGAAUAUGGGGCCAACACGGUGGAAUUGCAAGUGGGUGAUAUGGGGGCAAUGACGCCCGUUGUGAGCGCCAUCUCAGACGGGCCGGCGGUUGAUAUUACGCCAAAACAGACGCAAAAUAAGAAAAAAAAACCGGUGGAGAUUGAAAAACCCCCACCACCGGUAAAGGGCGAACAAGCACCACCACCACCGCAGCAACAGCAGCAGCAGCAGCAGCAGCAAGUUAGUGAAGUACCAACACCAAUUAUUCCAACAACAGCAGCUGUGACGGUGGUUAGUAGUCCGAUUAUUGAUACAACAACGACUACGACAACCGUCACGGAAACAUCCAUUAUUCCAGAUAAUUCAGGGACCUGCAUAAGCACAUCCGUAUCAGUGAGCAAUGAUCAAGUGAGUGCUAAUGCAAAUAUAAGCAACAAUAAUGUGGUGGCUGUUGAGGCGCAAGAAUGUGAAAGUACCCAAACUGAGGAAGUAGGAGCUAUUAUUAAUAAUAAUAGUGAAGCACCUCCAUCGGUGGUGGAGGAAACGAAUGUCCAGAAUAAUAAUGAGGCCAUUCGUGAACCCGAGGUGGCGGACACGAAUGAAAAUGUGACGCCACAAUCAACUGAUGAGACUGACGAAGUGGCGGCACCCAUUGAGGAGACUAUUAUUCCUCCUGCAAAUGUAAAGGUGGCUGUGAGUGAUGAAAUCCCCGAAAAGGUAACUGCUGCAGCAGCUGCAGAAGUGCCCGAGGAGAAGCCAGCUGCAGCGGAAAAGGCAGCAGCAACUCUCAUAAAUUACGAUGAGGGUCAAUGGAGUCCGGCAAAUCCGGAUGGACGUAAAUACUACACUGUGGAGCAAUUGAGGAAACUCUCAGAGGAUCCACGUUCAAAGAUAAAGCCAGACGUGAAAUUUGAGCCAAUUCUCAAGAAGGCCCGCGGUGAGCAGGGACUCAACUACGGGGGUCAAAUGGUGGAGCGUAAACUGCCAGCUGGACGUGGUGGUGAUUCCAAUCUCUUGCCACGUUUUGCACAGAAUCUAAUGCAAGGGAGCCCAGGUGGGAAUCAACUCACAGGCGGCUACAAGAGGGUGAGUCAACAGGGCAAUAAAUCUUCCGGAGCAUCGGGCGGUGGAUCGUCUCAGGGGAAGAAUCCACAAAAUAGUGGUAUGAUCCGUGUUUCGUUGUCCCUCCGUGAGGAUGUGAAGUUGAAUGAGACGGAAAAUGCAUGGCGUCCGAGUCAUAUGAAGGCCUCUGAGAGUUCAUCCGAAGAGGAUCGCAUUACAGAGGAGCUGUACAAGAAUUUCCGUUGUAUCCUCAAUAAGCUAACCCCGGAGAAGUUUAAUGUACUCGUGGGGCAGGUUAAAGCACUCAAAAUUGACACGAGUGAACGCCUAAAUGGGUGCAUUGAGUUGAUUUUCGAGAAGGCCGUUAGUGAACCAAAUUUCUCCGUGGCUUAUGCGCAACUUUGUAAGCAAAUUUCAACGAUUAGUGUGUCGGAGCCACAACCACCGCCGGAGAAUGGUGCCGAUGGGGCAACAAAGCCACCACCGCAGUCACAUGAGCAGUAUAUGUUCCGGAAAACAUUGCUGAAUCGGUGUCAGACGGAAUUUCAGACAAUUAGUGCACAAACAGAUGCUCAGAAGGUACGAACAAAGCGCCUUGAGGAAUUCAAAGAUGACCCAGAGAAGCAUGAGGAGUACAAAUUCCUCGUGGAGGAGGAAGAGCGGAAGUUAAGGUGGCGUGCCCUGGGGACGGUACGUUUUAUCGGGGAAUUGUUCAAGAGUGACAUGCUUACGUCAAAUAUAAUGAAUAAUUGUAUUGCAAUACUCAUGAAUAAUCGACACGAGGAUUCCCUUGAGUGCCUGUGUAAGCUUCUCACGACAAUUGGGCAGCGUCUGGAUCAGAAUAUGCUCGUGGAUUACUUUGUCAAGUUGCAGGAGAUUGUGGAUAAUAGGAAGCAGCAUAAGAUUAGUAGUCGUGUGCGUUUUAUGAUUCAGGAUUUGAUUGAUUUGAAGAAGAAUAAGUGGGUACCGCGGCGUCCCGACCUCAAGCCCAAGACUAUUGUGCAGAUACAGAAGGAGGCUGAGGCGGAGUACAAUAAUCAAGCCAUUGGCGGCGGCGGUGGUGGAGGCGGCGGCGGCGGUGGGGGAGGCGGUGGCAGUGGUGGAGGCUACCGUGAACAGGUGCGCGAUCAACGUGAUAGGCACAAUCGUGGCGGAGGCGGAGGCGGUGGAUCUGGGGGGUACAACAAGUCCAGCAGUCAUGGAAGUGGAAGUGGUGGGAAGUCAAAUGAUGAUGGGUGGACGAUGCAGAAUACAAAGAGUAACCGAAGUACGGCGGUUGAUACGAAGAAACUCACCGUCAAGGCGACAAAUAUUGAUCAGAAUACACCACUUGGAACGGCACAGAUGUACAAGUGGCAACCGCAGUCAACAAACAUGUACCAAGCACUCAGUGACAUGGAUACCUCACGCCCAGAUAGUGGUGCAAAUGCCAACAAAGGCAAAGGAUUCGGUGGUUUCGGCAAGGGGUCAACUGAACGUGAAAGAUACGAAGGACGUGGUUCGCAGCAUAAAUCCUCAAGGGAAAAUUCCUCAACACGUAGUGCUGCAUCGAGGAGUUUACAGGCACCAGCUCGUCCACAGGGUCCAAGUAGGUUACCCUAUGCCUCAAUGGCGAGUACGUCGCAGGGUGGUGUUGGUGGGGCAAGUAGGUCAAUUGAGAAGAUUGUUCCGGAGAAAUUGCCCCAGCGUGAACCACCGCCGCCGCCGCAGCUGUCGGAGGAGGAGCUGAAGGAGCUCGGUGAGAAGAUUCGUCGUCGAUGGAUGGAGAUGAUUAUGGAGGUGGUGGAGGGGUACACAAAUGUGGAGCAGUGUACGGAAUUCAUUGAGAAGGUCCCAGAGGAGCAUCACUAUCUGGGUAUACGGGAAAUUUAUGAUCAUAUAUUGGAGCAGAAGAGCAAACAACGUGAGGCAGCGGGUGAAAUUUUCGCUCAUGCCAUCCGGAAUGCCAGAUCAAUCUCCCUUGAGGCCUAUUUGCAUGGGCUACGGCUACAUAUGGAGAAUGUUGAGGAGUUGGUCAUUGAUGUGCCAAAGAUUUGGGAGUCAAUUCCGGAAUAUUUGGGUCCAAUGAUCUUUGCCAAAGUAAUCACCCUGCAGACACUGGCAAAGGUAUCGGAGAAUCUGAUACAAGCCAAUAUGGGUGGGCAACUCUUGGCGCAUAUGCUUAGGUACUUUGUCUCCAAACGCGGACCCGGUGCCGCUGUGGAAUUGUGGGAGAAGAGUCAGGUUAAAUGGACUGAUUUCAUGCAAUCUUCCAAAGUAGAUGAAUUUAUAGCGAAAAACAACUUUAAUUUCCUUGUUAAUAAGGAUUUCUCCACAUACCAAUCAACGAGUUCGAACAAUACCUCACUCGAUGGUGUUCAGGAGCGUCUAAAGGAAUUAAUUACAACCAAUGCGUCCUCUGACACAAUCUUCGAAUGGAUCUCGGCAAAUGUUGGUACGAUUGAUAAGAACUUUAUUCGUAUCCUGACGACUGUUGUCAUUGAAUCGUGCCUCUAUCCAAAUUACAAAAUUAAUGCACCACUCCUUGAGACACAAUGUGGGCUACUCACCAAGUAUAUUGAGAAUAAGGAGGAGUUUGAGAUGCAAUGUCUCUAUGCCAUUCAGAAACUCAUCUUUAAGCUUGAACAUCCAUCCGGACUCAUGAGUAAUAUCUUCGGUACAUUGUAUGAUUUGGAAGUUCUAUCCACUGAUUCCUUCAAGAACUGGCUGAAUUCGACAGAAGAACCCGAGGGAAAAGGUGUUGCUGUGAAGUCUCUGCAUUCAUUCUUCACCAACUUAUUUAUUAAUGACGGCUCUGAUGAGAAUGAAUGAAACGGUGGUACGUGGAGAUCAUCUACUGUGAGAGACUCUCCAAUAUAUUAUUGAUAUAAAUAUAAAAAUAUAUAUUAAACAUGAGAAAAAAAAACACACAGAAAAGAUUGAUAAAUAAAAGAAAGAAAAAAUAUUUAAGUCUUAGAUUUAAGGAUAAAAAAAUAGAGAUGAAAAAAAAAAACGGAGAAAUAGUAAAGUGAAAUAUUUUUUUGUAAUUGAAUAAAUAAAGAAAAAAAAAAUUGUUGAAUAACAGUCCAUCAAAAAAAAAUGCAGACAUAUUGUAAAUAGUCUCUAGGAAAAACACAUAAAGUAAAGAAAAAAAAUGAUAGGAAAAGUUGAGAGAGAGAAAAAUGUAAAAAAAAUAGCACAACAUUUCGUGGAAAAAAAAAGAAAGAAAUUGCGAAUGAGACGGAUUCUGUUUCUUUUUCUAUCGUUUUUCGUUUGUUUUUUUUUUUUAAAUGUUGCAUUAAAGAAUAAUCAUCAAAACCGGAUGUUUAGUGAAUGUCUUAACUAUAAUUUAAUAAAUUUAUUUUUUGCGAGCAAAAAAAGGUGAGAAAAAAUACUGCUGAGAAGAGAAAUAUAAAGAUUAAAAAAUUAAUAAUUAAUAGGGAAUAUAUUAAAAACAAAAAAAACUAAAAGAUGACGCAUGAGAGAGGAUUAUUUAACACAGAAAACCACACACGAUAGAGAAAAAAAUAAAUAACAAAAUAUAUUUGAAUUAUUAAGAUGAGAAAAGUGAGAGAACAUGAAAGCUAUAUAAAUUGUAUAAAUUUUUGCUAUUGUAAGUUUUUUUUCUUUUCCGGAGAAGAGAAAUUUUGUUGCCGUUAAAAGAUUAUCUUUUUUUUUAUUAAUUUAGAAGAGAAAAAUGAGAAAAAAUCACGUAAAAUAAACCCCAAACUACGCGCCUGUUUUCACCCCUCAUGCCCACACCCUGCCCUUUGUCCUCAUCACCCCCCUCCUGACGUUUCUUUCGUAUAACCUUCUCAUUUUGAUUGUGCGCGUUUUAUAUUUACGAAACAAAAAAAAACAACAUGAAAAUAUUAAGAAAUAAAAAGUAAAAAAAAAUAUUAUUAAAAGAAAAGAAAAUACUUUGUGUUGCGCUAACACAAAAAAUACCACAUCUCUUAAGGAAGAAGAAGACGAAGAGGUAAAUCUUUGAAUUAGUGGAGGUAAAUAGAUGAUUAUAAAUUUAAAUAAAGAAGAAAAAGAAAACAAGAAGAAAAUGAAAAGAUGAAACGAUUAUAAGGUUGAAAUAUUAUUAAACUAUAUCUCUUUUGUAUAUAAUAAAAAAAAUAAUAAAAAAGGAAAAGAAACCGCAAAAGAAAA